AAACAUUUUUAAUUUCACCUGAAAACUCAAAAGCAAAGAGUUUUACUGUAUAUGUAUUUGCUUGAAAAGUCUGAGAUCAGAUGCGGGUAUCGUGUAGAACAUUGUAAUGUAUGUAGAAAACUGAACGAAGAUACAGCAAGUUAUACAAGAUAAUUACUUUAAUAAGUUAUGGAGAACACUGAGUCAAAUUAUUGUAUGCGAUACAUGUGUGGUACAUUUGAUUUCACUUCUUAAUACUGGACCUUGCAAAAAGCAUAAUUUUUCUUUGGUCUGUAGUUCUGUUAUCUGCUUUUUAUAAUACUUCAACUUGCCUGCCAACAGUGACCUGAUGAUUGCCAUGAUGCAGGCAAAGCAAUGCACACAUUUCCAGUAUUUUGUAUCCUGAGCCUGAGGCUUCAUUCAGAGAGUAAAAAAAAAUAACCCUUGUAUUAUUAAUAAAACGUGCUCUACUCCCUAGAUGUAAUAACACAAAAUUACUACACUUUAACAGGCAGUUGGGCUUUAUGGGAAGAUCACAUUUAUAUCUUUUAUUUAUUAGCAACAGCAAGCAUGACGGUUGAAGCAGUAACGUGUCAGAAACGCAACGGUUGCUCGAUUUUUCUUCCGUGACCAACAAACAGAUGCGAACUGUUUUUGCUGUAGCGUUUUUUCAAGGUGCAGUUAUUGGUGUUUGCAUGCUGUUCUCACACACUGACUUUAAAUAAUAAACACUGUAUUUCAUCCUAUAGUUCAGGGGGGUCGCAAAUAAAUGCAUUGUCAUUCUGUGUUGUCGGAAAUGCUUCCAGGACACGUCGGCACACCCUGUAUGUGGGCUUCUGUUCUGUGGCGGUGAACAUGCCAUGACCUGUUGGACCUCAUAUGUAAAUAACUGCAUGAAGUCGCUUAGUUUUAUCUGGUGAUUUUAGUUCUGAUGUGGAAUUUCAUACCUGGAUGAUGCAUGUAUACACUUUACUGUUCAUCAUCUGGACUUCACCAGUGGUCCUGGGCUUCAGCAGUGGGCUAGUUAGCACCAGCUGUGACACCAUGGUACCAAGGCACAGGGCACAAGCUCAGACAGUUCCAUCACCCUACACUGUCACUGUGGAUCGGAGCAGCUACCAUGCAGGAUACACAAUUAUGGUGACACUCCAAGGGCAGUCCACAACAUUCAUGGGUUUCCUGCUACAAGCUCAAGAGGUCGGGGGAAGUCAACCUGUCGGCACUUUCUCAGUGACCGAUGGACAGGCGCAACUUCUUUCUUGCAGUGGGACAGCGAAUUCGGCAGUUUCUCACACUUCCUCCUCAAGUAAAAGUUCUGUCAAAGUGUUGUGGCAUGCUCCAGCAUCAGGGAGUUACAAAGACAUUGCCUUCAGGGCAACCUUUGUUCAGUCUAUGAAAGUCUUCUGGGUGCAAGUUGAAAGUGCAACAGUUAGCUAUUCUUUCAUAUCCAGUGCUUCCUGUGGAUACAGCAAAUUGUGCAUGAGUCAGCCCAGUAACUGUGACCCUGUCAGCAGUGACAGUUGCAACUUCAUUUCUGUCCUGGCAUCUUCCACAAACUCGACCUUCCACGUGGAAAUAUCGGGCCAAGCAAGUGGUUACGUGGCUGUCGGAUUUUCUGAUGACCAGUACAUGGGGAAUGAUGAUAUUUACAUCUGUGUUGAUGGCGGUAAUGGAAGUGUUCAAGUACAGCAUGCUUAUGCCGCUGGAGCAGUUGCCCCGCAAAAAUUACCUCUGGGGAACGUUUCAAUUAUACAAACCUCUAUAACUGCUGGAAUCAUAAAAUGUUUUUUCUCAUCUGAAAACACCAUCUCAACUCAGCCUGGAAAGGCUGCCGCGACUCCCAUGUAUUACCUCCUGUUUGCUUCUGGACCAGCUAGUGGCGAUUCAAUUGAAUAUCACAGCACAAAAUUUUCAAGCAGUCAGAAAGCAAAUCUUAGAUCUCCUCAGCUUCUUCUAUCAGGAUCAUCGGAACCUCCUAUUGUGAAAGCACACGGUGCAUUGAUGCUGAUCUCCUGGAUGACCACAGGAAGUAUUGGCAUGUUAAUUGCCAGGUACCUGAAAGCAGCCACCAAAGGGAAACGCUGCUGUAAUAAAGAUUUCUGGUUUUUGGCACAUGUGACUCUCAUGUCCCUGUCUGUCAUUGCAACCAGUAUUGCAUUCAUUCUGAUUUUCAGUUAUUUUGGAGGCUGGAGUGGGGGGAGUCAUCCAGUUCUGGGCUGUAUAGUGAUGAUUCUGGCCCUUAUCCAGCCAAUGGCUGCUGCCUUCCGCUGUACACCCGGCCACAAAUGGAGGUUUGUUUUCAACUGGGCACAUGCACUGAAUGCUCUGGUGAUUAAAAUCUUAGCAGUGGCAGCAAUAUUUACUGGCCUGGGACUCAUUGACACCACAGAUAGUCGGUGGUUACAGAAAGUGAUGGGAGGAUUUUUUGCCUGGGAGGUCUUGAGUUUUCUGCUGUAUGAAUUAAAUGUGAGGUUAUGUGCCAAAGAUAAAACAGAACCUGGUUCAGACUCAAAAAGCACUGAAGUGAUAUUUUUGAUCAUCUUUGUCCUUGGAAAUGUCACAUUCUUGGUGGCCCUUCUUUGUGGAAUCGGCCAGUCAUGAGCUCUUGAGAAGUGGUAAAGAAAUGGCAUCGAAGAAGUAUCGAAAUGUGAAAUGAAAUACACUAAACAUGCAUGAAAUACUUUUCCCUCUGCUGCCCAUAGACAAAUGAAGUUCUGACAAUGAGACCUCUGAAGAACAUGAAACUACAUGAAACCUAUAUUCUUAUUGUAUCUCUGAAAACUUGUUCAUUUUAAGUGAAAUAAAAUACAUACCAUUAAAACAGUA